GGACCAGAGAGUUUUAUGCUAAUGAGCCCGGGCCAAAGCUGCUGCCUCUGAGCGCGAGGGCUCACUGGAAACUGCGUCGUCACCACGGAAACCUGGACUGCUUCCGAGUGAAGGGCUCUCCAGCAGGGGGUGCAGUGAGAUUUGAUGCAGCCCCUGCACGUCCACUCAUUACCAGUCCACGCAGUGUCUCUGCAGUGCGGAUCACUCCACUGAGGACCAUGAAGAGCUCUCCAGAUCUGAUGCCCACUGAGUUGGAUCCAACUCGUGUGUGUAAGGGAAAGGGGGCUGUUACUCUGAGAGCCACAUUAGUGCACGUUGAUGAUGGAGACUGUAUCACCCAGGAACAGGAUGUGAAUCCAGCCAAGAGUGAAUGCCACAGAGCGGUCAAUGGAGAUGCCACAGAAACGAGUUUGGCAGAGAAAAGACUUAAUUGCACCGAAGCUGAUUUAAAUUCAGACCAAGUUAGUACGGCUACAACACAGCUCGAGUGUCCUGUAAGCUCACGUGUGAGUGAUCUCCCAUCAUCAGCCAGUGAGCCAUCUGUGUGUGCAUCAAACAGCAGUGUAUACCCAACUAUUGUUCUGCUGCAGCAUGGCACAGAUGCUGUAGAGCAGCAGGACAGAGUGUGUGAUCAGGGCUCCAACGAGACUCAGUUCUGUGCUCCACCUGAAGAUCCACCUCAAAGACCCUCUACACAGAUGGAGGGCAAGAGAAUGAUGAUUACCGUUCACCCAGCUUCCCCUGUUCCACUGGAGAAGCCUCGAGUACCAGUACGGAACACAGAGAAGUCCAAAGACUGGUACAAGAACAUGUUCAAACAAAUCCACAGAAUACCAGAACCUGUUGAGGAAAAUCCAUACCGUCCCACCUACAUAUUCCCUGAGAGCUAUGACAGGCCACUGAAAACCAGAGAUGACAGCUCUUCACAUAUGGAUGAUUAUGGGCGAAGUGUUCCUCGGUCUAAAAGUGCUGUAGAUGUGGGCAGCUCACAGUCAAGGAGAAGAGUCUCUAUGCCAACUCGAACGUCUUCACUACGGCCGGAAAAAAAUGAGUGGGAGCCCCCUGACAAGAAGGUGGACACCAGGAAGUAUCGCGCUGAGCCCAGGAGCAUCUUCGAAUACGAGCCAGGGAAGUCAUCUGUGCUGAGGGCGGAGAGGCCGGACUUAACCCCCGAAGAUGUAGAUUUAGAGAAUGAACCAUGGUAUAGAUUCUAUUCAGAGAUGGAGUUUGGCAAAACGAGUGCCCCCUCUUUCACUCCCUUGGAAACAGCCUCUGACCUGCAGCAAUACCCGACGUGUAAACCGGGCCCCAGUGUGGCGGGGAAGGAGGGCGGCUCGGCUGGCGCUGAGCACGCAGCUCCAGAAUGCGAUCGGCACAUUUACAAAAGUGUCCUGGAGGGUGGCGACAUCCCACUGCAAGGCCUGCGAGCACUUAACAAACGCCAUCCCAGUACUUCUUCGAAAGGUGGGAAUGGCUGCGUGAAUUCACCAUGCUCCUCUGUAAAUGGUCGCUCAGUUCUUGCCAGUAGCACACUAGGUACUCAGAACAAGACUAAAAACUCCCUAUCUGCUGCCAAAGCCUGCAUUCCCCAAAUCCUCCCCUCUAAGUUCAAGCCUAAAUUUGCCCCUUCUACUGAUGAGAACCAGGAGAGGAGAACUGAGGCAUCGGCAUGGGCCAAAGUGCACAGCUGUGAGGAUCUUCAACAAGAGCCAUGCCUCUCAGGAAACGAUGAUACAACAGACACAUAUCAUGAGCUCAGUUCAGACACCAAAGCCAACUGUUUGCGAGAAACUGUUUGCAGAAGUAGCACGCCUAUCCAAAAUGGGCCUUUCAACGGAGCUGUAAGGAGCACAGCUGAAUUUUCAACCCUGUACCGGAACAUGCAUCAUAUCGAGAGGCCGAGAUCUUUGGGCCUCAGCCCUCAUGCCAGUGUGCGUAGCUUGGCCUCACUUUUUGAAAGGUCAGAUGCUGAUAUCACUGCUGAGCGAUGCAGAAACAUCCCCCGUCAUGCCGUCAGUUGUCGCGUGAUGGAGUUUGAGCGUAUCAUACAGUGCUCCAACAGCGCCCCGACACGCUCUGCCUCCAUGCCUACACUACUCAGUGGCUCUAGCCCCUCCCAUAGCCCCGCCCCUGCAGCUUGUAUACUUCAGUCAGCUCUUUCUGCUGAGUCUUUAAUAACGCCAGGGACAGCACAUGUAGACAGUUGCCCCUUAGAGUGUGCCAAGGAGCAAACACCUAAAGAAGAGACUCCACUCUCAGAAAGUCAAGAGCCAGAGGUGUGUGUUGUAUCUUCUAACAAGAACCAUAGCUCAAGAACAGACUUACUCUCACACACUGAUGGCAAAAUAGAACUGAAGGACAGCUGUGUGCAAAAUGCUACAGAGGAAAGUCCCUCUCCUGGUCUCUCACUUUCUAACACUCCAAUAUCAGGGCACCACCACCACCACCACCACUACCACCACCAUGAUCAUCUCCCCUUCCACCUCAAACCCAGCAAGUGUAAAGGCUCCUGUCCUGCCUCCUACACCCGUUUCACCACUAUCCUCAGGCACGAGCGUCAGCAGGCCAGCAGCUGCCUACCAGAGAAGAGAUCAGGCCCUCCCACAAACCUGUUGUUAAUGGGUCCGGCACCAUUCUCCUUACGGAAGUCCCUGCACAAUCUCCAGGCCAAAAAAACUCUUUCAGCUGCAAAAAGCCUGGCCAGAGAUACUGCAGAGAGCCGAGCUCUCUCAUCCAGACUGCGACCCAUCAUCCCCCAGCGCCUGUCCUCUCUCGAGGUGCUGGAGAGGCUCAGUAAUGGUUCAGAGGGGACCAAUGGCGAUGACCUCAUGGAUGCCGAACGCUCAGAUGCCAAUAAAAACCACUGUGGAGACUCCGAAUCCUCACAGCCGUUAAGCCAAGGAGAUCAAGGAGAAAACCCAGAUGAAGUGGCCCGCAGACGAUACGGAGACAAAGAGAAAAUUCUGGAAGAGCAGAGACGUUUGAAGCGGGAACAAGAGGAGGCAGACAUCGCAUCACGUCGGCAUGCAGGUCUAGUCCUCACGCAUCAGCAGUUUAUCACCAAUGAACGCUUUGGGGACUUGCUCACCAUAAACGACUCAGAGAAGAGGAAGUCCGGCCCAGAGAGGACACCUGCCCUGGCUCUGUUUAACUUUAAAGCAGAGACCUUAAAGGAGCUGCCAUUUCAAAAAGGAGACAUUGUGUACAUCUUUCGGCAGGUGGACCAAAACUGGUAUGAAGGAGAGCAUCAUGGUAGAGUCGGCAUUUUCCCGCGUAACUAUGUUGAGCUACUGCCCCCGACAGAAAAAGCCCAGCCCAAAAAGAGUGCUCCAGUUCAAGUGUUGGAAUAUGGAGAGGCCAUCGCACGCUUUAACUUCACUGGGGACACAGCUGUCGAGAUGUCCUUCAGAAAGGGAGAGCGGAUAACACUCAUUCGUAGGGUGGAUGAAAACUGGUAUGAAGGAAAGAUUUCAGGCACCAACCGACAAGGCAUCUUCCCAGUCACUUACGUGGAAGUGCACAAAAAGCCUCGUGUUAAAAACGGAGUGGACUACCCUGAUCCUCCCCUUAGCCAAUCACCACAUCGCAGCACAAACGCCUCCCCGCAGCCGGUGCGUACCCGUCUCAGCACCUCCCCUCUCCCCCUGCCACGCUCACCACGCCGCUCAGUCUCUCCUGAGGUCCAUGCCAUAUCUAAUGAGUGGAUCUCCCUCACAGUAGGGGGUGUGAGCUCUAGCCCCCCAGCUGCCCCAACUCCUCCUCUGCCUCCUCUGCCCAGAACUGCCUAUCGUCUGGGUGAAUAUCUGCCCCCAUCACACUCUGCCAGCCCUGUGCCCCCCAUCACUGGCAGCCCAUACUACAUCUCGCCGAUGGCCUCGCCGUCCAGCUCGCCACUUCCCCCUCCAUAUCCACCCCGGCCUAACUCUGCCACUCCAUUCCUCACCUUUACCCCACCUCAGGGGGAGGACUUCCUCCUUUUCCCUCCUUCACCACGUCUGUCGCGUAGUCUGAGUCCGUGUGGGGGUGCCGGCAUGGAAGGAUGGCUGGGUGGAGCAGGAAGGCUGGAUUCAGAGCUGCAGGAGGGUGAAGGGGGAGAGCUGGACAGGGUGGGCAGCUCCCGAAAGGCACUAUGCAGCUGGAGAAAUAGUCCAGCAGAGCCUUUGAAGAAUGAAGGAGAUUACCAUGGCAGAUCCUCGAGAAGUCCAGUCAUGUUAUUUGACAUCCAGGACAACAACAUGAACGCCAACUCAUUCACGGAGGCAGUGUGUAAUGAGAUCAUGAAUAUUGCAGAGACCUCGGUGAGGUACUGCAGCACUUUGUCCCGCCCUUUAGACUCCGCCCACAGAUUGAUGCCCCACCUCAGUAAACGCUCUCUCAUCAUUUCCCAGCAACCCCAGUCCCAAAGCAGCAGCCCUGAACCUGGACGCCUGAGCUGCGGCAUAUUCCAGGCUUUGUACAGCUAUGUGCCACAGAAUGACGACGAGCUCGAGCUGCAGGAGGGAGACCUUGUGAACGUCAUGGAGAAAUGUGAUGACGGCUGGUUUGUGGGUACAUCUAAGAGGACAAAACAGUUUGGCACCUUCCCAGGGAACUACGUGAAGGCCGUUAACUUGUAAUAUGUGAAAACGUCUGAUCUGUAUGUAGAGAUUCUAACACUAUGUUAAUAACGCCUGUGUGGGUGGAACACUGUUACUGAUGAGCUCAAGUGUAUGAUUUCCCCCCCUUUUUUUUCUGUCAGUAUUGUAUCUUGCCCGGGUGAAUGUCCAGGUAUGUGAUCGGUAAGGUUUGUAGCAUGUCAGCAUUGUGUAGUAAAACUACAAGUAUCAGCUUGUCAACUUUCACACAUUGUUUCAUAUACUAUACAUCACUUACAUUUUUAUUUUUGGUUCUAUUUAAAUGUUCAUGUCCAUAGUGUUUUUUUUGUACUGAAUCACAUACCUGACAUUACCACAGCAAAAACUCUAAAACAGAUGAAACAGACUAGCUGCAGUAUUGUAGAGGGUCAGAAUGUAGUUAAUGGCACUUAAAGGAGGGUACCAGUGUUGAAGGGUAAAGGACCGGACAAGGGUCAGCAAAAACAAACAAACAGGGAAAAAAAUGGUUUUAUGUAACUUUAUGUGAAAACGAAAAGGAGUUUCAGACUCACUGUGUGUAUUUUGAGAGCAAUAUAGAUGGUGUGGUUGAGUUCCUGUUGAGAUGUGAACCACCACUGGGACUGAUAUCACUGAACUAUAGGCACUUAAGUCUGAUGUUUUGGGGAUCCAGUGUUUUAUUUAUCACGGUUGCACAUGACUUUAUUUAUGAGCGUAUAUCAGCUGAUAAAAGUGAUUCAUUUUAAACCUGUUUCAGAAAACAGAUGGCUGUCUGCUGAGGUCUACCUUUUUUGUUGACAAUCCUAUUAUUUUGGAUAUAUUUAUGCUUUAAAGGUCAGGAGUAGUCAGGAUCCACCAAAAUUCCUUCGAAACAUUUGUGCUCAUCUUUUAUUUUAGGCAAACGCAAAAAAAAAAGAAAGAGAGGACCUUCUUUGAUUGUCUCUCAUGUUUCACACACUGACAGUCCUAAUCCUCCAUCUAACUGAAAUGAAUCUGUUACUAGACAGAAGAACUGUCAGCAUUUUUGUAAAUGACUAAGUCAUGUUCAGUGAGAAGUAAUAUUUUGCUUUCAGUUUGGUGUCAGUAGCUGAGCACAUCAAUUAAAAUGACUGUAACAAAACACUCAGUAGCAUGACUAACGUUUGCCGUUAAAACUGUACGUGCAGUUAGAGGAUGGAAGUCUUGCAACCAGAACGUAUAAAAUACCAGUCAAAGGUGUGGACACGUCGGCUUAUAUAAAGUUUUUCUCCCUUUUGAUACUAUUUUUGAAAAAUAAUGAAAAAUAAAACCCCACAAUUAAAUAAAAUGUGGAAUUAUACCAUGAACAAAAAAAAGUAUAAACAAAGGAAAAGAUCAAAACAAAUCAGAAGUGUUUUAUAAUUUAUUUAAAUUCUUAAAAAUAUUUCUAGACAAUCUCAACACAGCUUCACAAUAAAAAAAAGAACAUUCCCAAAAUGAAAAUAAUAAAUGAAUAGUAAAUAGUUUUAAGUAAAAACCUACUUAUUAAUACAUUUGAUUCAGAAGUAAAUGUGUACACAGAUUAAAUUCCCUAUUUAGAAACAGAUUUUAUCCAUACGCCUUUAUGGAAAUAUCUUUAAAGGUAAAAAUAUAUUCAACUUAGUGUCCAAACUUUUGAUUAAUAGUGUAUUUCGUUGGCUUGUGUGCUACAGCAGUGUGUUUAGGGUCAAACAAGAGGCAGAAAAAGUGCUGCUGGGAGAAUCAGGCCUUGUUUUUCAUCCCUACGUUUGAGCGGGAAAAAAGAUAAGAAAUAAAAAAAAUACCUAGACUUCACAAGGUAAAGGAUAGAUGUGCAUUAAAAAAUAGUUUAAACAUUAAUAGAGAACAGGGAAUAAAUGAAUAUUUUAGGAACAUAGAUGCUAUUUUAAGUAUAAAGCAGAAUAAGUUGAUGUAAAUACAGGUCAUUUUCUCACUAGUCAUUUAACAUUUCGACCUAUUCAUGAAAUGUUCUUAUUUUCCUAAUCCUGAACAUAUAAUGUGGAUGAAACUGGUCCUCCUAAGAGCACAUAUGAUCACCUGCUGUACUACACAGGCUUGUGGGAUAAAUCUAAAUCUAUUUUUCGUCUUUAGAAAGCUGGGAGCAUGAAGUACAGCAUGCAUUAACAUGGGUUUAAUCCAGAUGUGACCGCAAAAGUGUUGUAAGAAAUGUCGUACCUCCGUCCUUCCUAUCUUGAAGUGCCAUUUAUAUGAGUAAGCUACAUUAGGAUAAUUUUUUUUAAUCUAUAUACUAAACAUCAAGCUAUUUAUGAUAGUUUAGUUUCUUCUGCUGUAGCUGCAUUUUAGUGUGGCGUAGACUGAAUAGGAAGAAAACAGAAAUGAUCGCUAACUAGACAUGCUUGAGUUUCGACCUAGUGUUGCACCUCUGACAGCCAUGAAGUAUUUUGGCUCGUGAAUAAUGUGGGCUGAAUACUGUUCCUCAACAUUUUAUAGUGCAUUGCAUUCUAUAUCAUGCCACAAGGGGGCACUGCUGAGCAUGUGUGGAGCGUGUCACAGGUUUAACUGUGCUCCUAACAGACCCACAUUCAGUAUUUAUCAUGCUCUUGGCUACUAAUACAGUGUAUAUCAUUGUCUGGCUGUAGCUAUCAUCAACCUUUAACCAACUGAAACCCUGAUUAGAUUCACAGAAGUUUUUUUUUUUUUAUUUUUAUUUCCAUUCGACUGUAUGAACACAUCAUGCGGUAUGAAAGACAAGCAAAAAAGAAUAUAGUGUCUUGAGAAUCCUGAGACGAGAGAAUCGUACUUGUAAAUAUGUAUAGUAUGAAAUGAAUAAAAUAUUUGAAGUCACAACAGCCUCUAGGAAUAUAGUUUAUAUAACAGGAAGAGUUUUAGGAAAGCACAGAGAGAUGCUUUUGGCGCACGCGCUCGGAUACGAAUGAAUGACAGAUUUCUAACACUGUGUUAGGAUCCAGAUGCCUUUUGUCUCACAGCUUUGUUAACCGUGCCUCGUUUUUUUGUGUUUAUUAUUAUUAUUAUUAUUAUUAUUAUUAUUGUUGUUGUUGUUGUUGUUUUCCAUUUUGCCUUGAUACAUUGAGAAGGAAAUCCAUGUUACUUUAUAGGAGAUGAUACUUUACCAGAAGUGUGUCACGGGAGACAAUUACCAAGAUCCUGACUGCAAUCACUGGACAUAUUCAUAAAGAGUGUGACAUAUUAAUGCCUGUAGUGAUCUUCCACACGCAGAGGCUCUCACAUUGCAGUUAGAUGUUGUUUUCCUUUAUUUGCGGUGCAGUUCCAGAUAGAAUGUUGGAUUUAAACACGCUAUUUACUGCUGUGAUUUCAUUAUUAUGCAAUAUUUAAUAAAAUGUAUUAAAGCUCUUGA